AUGCCGUGGAAAGUAGUUCUCAAUGAGCUAUCCCAAGCCGUCCGAAACAACGUGGACAAGAUCACGAAAAUGUUGCCUGAAAACAUGACGACAAGGAGCAAUGCCGUGAAAACACUUGACCUUCGAGUCGAUGUUCAUCAGGACUCGAAAGAUCCAAACAAGGCAGUGGCUAAAAUCCAAGCGAAUGCACAAGCCAAAGAUAAUGCGGUCAAGGAUUACAUCAAGUCCGGAAACAAAGGUGGCGGUCACAAAGGCACUCACAAAAACAUCACGGAAAUACCGUUCGAUCGCACCUCCUUCGAUGUUGAUGACUUUACGUCCAAGAUAGAAAAUGCGCGGAAAUAG